AACUUUUUCAGUCCUCCUACUCAGAAGCAUUAGCUGUGCAUCCAGAGUUCAUCAUCUUUUAAGAAAAACUAAGCUAGGAAUUUGAAGAGGGAAAUGUAUAUCAACAAUGGGACAAAUGAGACCGUAGAAGAUAUGGUACAAAUGAAUAGCUCAAUCUCACAAUACAAUUAUGCUCUGGUGGCCAUCUACAGUGUCUCGCUAAUUGGUGGAGUAGUGGGAGUCAUUUUUAUGACUGUCUUCUUGUAUAACAGCAGCACAAAGCUUUCCGUCACCACAACCUCUAUCAUCAACCUUGUCUUGGUACACAGCGUGUUUCUAAUCUCUGUCCCAUUUCGCAUUGAAUACUUUGCCACAAAUGAGUGGAAGCAUCCGUUUUUCCUCUGCAAAUGGGUGAGCAUCUUCAUCCACACCCAUUUAUACAUCUCCUUCAUUUUCUACAUUGCCAUCCUGGUUGUACGCUUCCUAUCGUUCUUUGGAAAGGAUAUGCAUUUCUACAGGCCCCUCCAUGCUUUUUUUGCCAGCUGUCUGGUAUGGGUGGUUGUCUUUGUCAGUAUUUUCCCACCACUCUUCAUUCAGUACGGCAAACAUGGCAAUUACAGUACCAACAAGUGCUUUGAGUUUGGGAAAGAAAUGGAAAAUCCUUUUGUUGCUUUACUGAACUAUGUUAUUAUCAUCACUGUUUUGUUGACAGUGUUUGCAUUGCUUGUUUGCCAGUUGGUGAUCCUAGUGAAAGUUGUAAUGAAGAACAAGACCAACUUGCUGUCCCGUCAGGAAUUCAGGGCUCAGUUGAAGAACCUGAACUUUCUUAUGGUGAUGAUCAUCUGUUUCUUCCCAUACCACAUAUUCCGAAUCUACUACAUUCAGCAUAGCCAAGGCAAUGACCAUACAAACCAUUACAAUGAGAUCUGUUUGGCUAUCACAUCUUUAUGUUGUUUUGACUUGCUGACAUUUAUAGCAAGAGGCAGGUGAAGAAGUGCUCAUGCUGUUUCUCCAAAUGACCAAUGAUCAGAUGGCCGUGACUGAACCUGGGGUUAUGAGCUCCCAAAAGCAACUUACUUAUUUUUUGCUUUUCUGUAACGUUUGUUUCAUUUACCAUGGUGUAAAUGUAUAUUCUGUAUGCCACUCUUUCUACAUGUCACUUGUUUUCAGUUAAUUAAGUUCUGAUUAUAUAUCGCAGUUGCUCCGCUGCUUAAAUAAAGUUUGCUCCAGCCGAGCUGUUAUUUAAGGUAUUUUAUUUAAACUUGUGUUGUAACCCUUGUAAAAGUUUCCCAUAGUAAAAGCACAACAAAGUGUAAUAAAGCAUAGUGAAAGCAUGGUCUAGUUAAGCAUCGUAAAGAAGUGCAUGGUAUGGUGAAGCAUGUUAAUAAACAAGGCAAACUAGUGUAAACUAUGGCAAACGCUUGUAUAACCAUGGGAAAGGAAAGGUAAGGCUGCAAAAAUACUGUGGAAAAAUAACACGGUAAAUUUUUCUAAGGGAAAUAGUGUAAGGAAAUAGUCUAAGCUACAAGAUUUUCAGAAAGGAAAUGAUAGUGACCAGACUGGAAAUAAACAAUUGAAACAUUUAAUUUAGGAGCCAGUUUUGCACAUCCAUUAGCUUCUUUUGAAAGUAACAGACGUUACAACGGUAACACUUUAAAAUAAGUGUCUGUAAUUCCACUGUAACUCAGGAUUUCCUACUGAUUUCAAAUGAAAUUCCUACUGGGACCCUAUUGUACCAGUACUUGCAUCAGCUUGUAUUCGUACUGAACUGCCCCAUACCUUGCCGUAUUCUACUACUGCUAUUAAUCUUAACUAUUCACUCUAUCUUGUACUUGAUUUUACUCUUACAGAUAUCCAUACGCACGUUUUUGGUAACUGCUCUUAGUUGAAAUUGUUCUUAUCCAUUUAUUGUACUUACAAUGUGCUCUUAAUGGACUUAACUGGUAUAAGCAAAUACUUUUACUAUAAGUUAACUGCUUUUAGUUAAACUCACUCUUAAAUGUAAUUAUUUACUGUAUUCUUUACUUUGUAUUUGAAUUUGACCUUAUUUUCUACUGAUUUUACUUCAUUGUACUUUAUAACUGCUCUUAACUGUAAUGUGAUAUUCUGUGAUGUGA